CGCGCGCCCCUACGUCGGGGAACGCCGCGGCGGAGCCCAUCGAGACCGCGCGAACGCGAGGGACGAUGGCGAACUCCAUCCACGUCAUGACGUACCUGGAGAAAUACGUCGAACUCUCGUCGUCCCUCCCCGUGGAGCUCCAACGCGUCGUCGUGACGAUCAAAGACCUCGACGAGCGGCUCUCCGCGUUGAAGAAGGAGACGGACGCGAAGGUGGAGAAGUGCCUCGCGAUGCCCUCCGCGUCGUCGCGACAGGCGAGCGCGGGGGACAUGGACGCGAUCAACGCCACGCGAAGAGAGAUCGAGCGCGCGCACGCCGACAUCAACCAGCUCUCCACGGAGAAAGUGCGCCUCGCCGGGAUCGCGAUGGAGAUGAUCCAGUUUAACAUCGCGAAGCUGGACAAGGAGCUCGCGCCGUUUUCGGAGGAGAUGAAGCGGCUCGAGGGCGCCGGGUUCGAGGACGAGUUCGGCGUCGAGGGCAUGGAGGGCAUGGACGCGGUGACGAUGGCGUUCGCCAUGGGCGAGGGCGGCGGGUUCGACGACGGCGCUCCCGGGGUCCCCGCGCAGCUGCAUCGGGCGCCGUCGCACAAGAAGUCGCACAAGAAGAAGAUUCCCGUCAACGCGCCGCCGCAACCGGGGGAGAGAGUCGCGGCGAACAUCGGGGAGGUGACCGCGGGCGAGGGCGCGCAGGAGUGGAUCGUCGCCGUCGUCGUGCAGUACAUCGCGGAGGAGCGCGCGUACGAGGUCAUGGACGCGGACGAGGACGACCCGGAGGGGGGCGGGCACGUGUAUCACCUACCCGAACAUCUCGUGAUUCCGAUGCCGCGCAGCGCGAGCGCGAGGGACGGGCAGGUGAACCUGUCGCGGGGGACGACCGUGCUCGCGGUGUAUCCGGCGACGACGACGUUCUAUCGCGCGGUCGUCGUGCAGCAAGCGCAGAAGAUAAACGGCGAGUUUGGGGAGUUUCUGUUGGAGUUUGAGGACGACGGCGACGCGGACGGGUUACCGCAGCGUCCGGUGCCGUUUAUGCACGUCGUGCGACACCCGUCGGGGUUGUGACGUACGAAAGUACUUUCGUAGUAGUUAAAACAGUGUACUGUAGCAGCAGCAAAGAGAAACGAAC